CUAGAUGUUGACCGAACUGUUCUCUAUAAAAUGAAGAAAUCUGUCAAAGCCAUAAACUUAUCUGGUCUGGCUCACGUGGAAAAUGAAGAACAGUAUACACAAGCACUGGAGAAGUUUGGAGGCAACUGUGUUUGCAGGGAUGACCCAGAUUUGGGAACAGCGUUUUUAAAAUUUUCUGUGUUUACAAAGGAAUUAACUGCACUCUUCAAAAAUUUGAUUCAGAAUAUGAACAACAUAAUCACUUUUCCAUUGGACAGUUUGCUGAAGGGAGAUCUGAAAGGAGUAAAAGGGGACCUGAAAAAACCCUUUGAUAAAGCUUGGAAGGACUAUGAAACAAAAGUUACAAAAAUAGAGAAGGAGAAAAAAGAGCAUGCUAAGCUACAUGGGAUGAUCCGUACAGAAAUAAGUGGAGCUGAAAUUGCAGAAGAGAUGGAGAAAGAAAGAAGGUUCUUCCAGUUACAAAUGUGUGAGUAUCUACUGAAAGUCAAUGAGAUCAAGAUUAAAAAAGGAGUGGACUUGCUUCAGAACUUGAUCAAGUACUUUCAUGCUCAGUGCAAUUUCUUUCAGGAUGGGUUAAAAGCAGUUGAAAGUCUGAAGCCUUCAAUCGAGACGCUCUCGACAGAUCUUUAUACAAUUAAACAAGCACAAGAUGAAGAAAGAAGACAAUUAACACAGCUUAGGGAUAUUUUAAAAUCAGCACUCCAAGUUGAUCAGAAAGAGGAUUCUCAGCUUCGGCAGAGUACAGCUUACAGUUUACAUCAGCCUCAGGGAAACAAGGAGCAUGGCACUGAACGGAAUGGUAGUCUGUAUAAGAAAAGUGAUGGAAUCAGAAAAGUGUGGCAGAAAAGGAAGUGCUCAGUUAAAAAUGGUUUUCUUACAAUUUCCCAUGGUACAGCUAACCGACCUCCAGCAAAGCUCAAUCUGUUAACCUGCCAAGUGAAAACAAACCCAGAGGAGAAAAAAUGUUUUGACCUCAUAUCACAUGACAGAACAUACCAUUUUCAAGCAGAGGAUGAACAGGAAUGUCAAAUAUGGACAUCUGUGCUACAAAACAGCAAAGAGGAAGCUUUAAAUAAUGCAUUCAAAGGAGAUGAUAACACAGGAGAAAAUAAUAUUGUCCAGGAACUGACAAAAGAAAUUAUAUCUGAAGUCCAGAGGAUGACUGGAAAUGAUGUUUGUUGUGACUGUGGAGCACAAGAUCCUACCUGGCUUUCAACAAAUUUGGGAAUUCUAACUUGCAUUGAAUGCUCAGGAAUCCAUAGAGAACUCGGUGUUCACUAUUCCAGGAUGCAAUCACUUACAUUAGAUGUGCUGGGAACAUCUGAACUUUUGCUUGCAAAGAAUAUUGGUAAUGCUGGAUUUAAUGAGAUUAUGGAGUUCUGUCUGCCAGUUGAUGAGACGGUCAAACCUAACCCAAGCAGUGAUAUGAAUGCAAGAAAAGAUUAUAUUACUGCCAAGUAUAUUGAGAGAAAAUAUGCAAGGAAAAAGCAUGCUGACAAUGCAGCUAAAUUGCAUGCUCUUUGUGAAGCAGUCAAAUCAAGAGACAUUCUUGGUUUAGUUCAAGUAUAUGCUGACGGCGUGGAUCUCACAGAAAAAAUACCACUGGCCAAUGGCCAUGAGCAAGAUGAAACAGCACUGCACCUUGCUGUUAGGUCAGUCGAUCGAACAUCACUUCACAUAGUUGACUUUUUAGUGCAGAACAGUGGCAAUCUAGAUAAGCAAACCUGUAAAGGUAGCACAGCCCUGCAUUACUGCUGUCUAACAGACAAUGUUGAGUGCCUCAAACUGCUGCUGAGAGGGAAGGCUUCUAUUGAAAUAGCAAAUGAAGCAGGAGAGACGCCACUAGAUAUAGCUAAACGUUUAAAACAUACUCACUGUGAAGAGUUGCUUACUCAAGCACUGUCUGGAAGAUUUAAUUCUCAUGUUCAUGUAGAAUACGAGUGGCGGUUACUCCAUGAAGAUCUGGAUGAAAGUGAUGACGAUGUGGAUGAAAAGCUGCAGCAACCCAGUCCCAAUCGGAGAGAGGACAGGCCUGUAAGCUUCUACCAACUUGGGUCAAACCAACUUCAGCCUAAUGUAGCAUCCUUGGCAAGAGAUGCAGCGAAUAUUGCUAAGGAUAAGCAAAGAGGGUUUAUGCCAAGUAUAUUACAGAAUGAAACAUAUGGAGCAAUACUUAGUGGCAGUCCACCUCCCGUUCAGCCUGCAGUACCUGUUACAAGUAGUGCACCUCCUCUACCUCCAAGGAACAUUGGCAAAGUUCAGCCUUCAGUUCUUGGCAGUGGUAUUCAGACAAUUUCUUCAUCUAAUGCAAUGUGGAAGACAAAUUCUUUAGGAGUGGAAAGUAUAAGCAGGCAGAGGUCUUCAUCUGAUCCACCAGCUAUUCAUCCCCCUGUGCCGCCAUUGCGUGUAACAUCUACAAUGAGGACUGUAUGGUGUAGUGCAGGGUCAGCAGGAAAUACCAUCUAUUACUAGAUCUAAAGAACUCAUCACUUUAUAGUUUCAAUGCUGCAUUUCUCACUAGUUGUGAAGGUGAGUGUUACAUGUAGACCUGGGGCUAUGUCUCCACGUUGUGCUUGAUUCUUGCAGACCGUUGGAGUGCAAAAAGUUGUUUUAAUGCAUUGCCAGCUGCUGUUGUGGUGGUUUCAACAGAAAUUUUAAUUAAUUGCUAAACCUAAUGUGAAGUUAGUUGUUAACAGGAUUUUAAGAAAGAUGUUCCCCUAAAUAAAAUUUCUCUGAUAUUAUUCAUUCAGUUACUUUUUCAUAAAACGCAAACUGAAGCCUUGACUGAGCAAAUAAUAUUAGCACUUUAAAUAUAUUCUGAUCUGCUGUUUUCAAGAAUAUGACUGACUUCGGUAAGAAUUUUCUUUGCUUGUACUUUAAUGGUGAUUGAAUUUAAGUUCUUGUGAGCUCUCUGACUUUGACUAGGUGAAAAAAAAAGGUAAACCUCUUUCCAAAGAGGUCCUCCUUCCAAUGGAAGGAUUGCAUUCUGUUAAAGGUAUUGAUUGCAUGUUGUAAAGCAUUUUUCUUAAAUGGGGUUAAGUCCUGGAACAGGGAGGACCUAUGAUGAGAGCCCGAGAAACAAAAUGGUAAAUAGAAGUUUAAUUCCAUUUUGUUGUUGAACUUUCCUCUAUAGAUGUACUUUCUCCAGCACCACCACCUCCAGUGGCAAAGACAGCCAGCAUUAUAGAAGCUCUGAACCAGCAAUCAAAGCAGCAACCAGCUCCUCCACAAACUAA